AUGCCUUCCAAACUGAGGAUUCGCAGUCGCGUGAGGGAGUUCUUCUCCCACCGUGAUGAUUCGUCUAUCCAGGAGGAGGAGAUAGAGCAAAAUGGCCGCCGUGGGCAAGCAAGCCCAACUGCGACGCCGAUAUCCUUAGCUGAACGCCUCUGGGAUCAAGCUUAUGAUGAUUUGAAGAAACACGAUGCUGCAUUGAUGCAAGCGUAUGAGCAGAUUCUGUCUAGCAAGCUUGGUGGAGUGACAUCUGAGCAGAACAUAAUUGCGCAGAGUGAUACGCACGCAAGGCGAAAUCAGAUGCGGCAGCUCAUCCGCGAGGGCCUGAACAAGACGGCGAAAGAGGCAAAAGUUAAGGAGGCCAUUGGCACAGCUAUCUCUGCAAGGGAUAUAAUCAGCUCUGCCCUACAGGCUGCACCACAAGCUGCACUUGCUUGGGCCGGUGUAUGUGUAGCACUGGAGGUGAUUCAAAACCCCAUUGAUGCAACAAAGGCCAACCGCGAAGGCAUCGAGUACGUUAUAAAGAGAAUGAAUAUGUAUUGGGAGCUAUCUGGUGUUGUCCUAAAGGAGAAUGCCAAUGACGGUGGCCUCUCUGGCAUUCGACGUGAAUUGGAGACUCAAGUAAUCGACCUCUACAAAGUGCUCCUCUUAUACGAAAUCAAAAGCGUCUGUUCAUAUUACCGCAAUCGUGGCCUUGCCCUACUACGCGAUAUAGUUGGCCUCGAUGAUUGGAGCGGUGAUUUGAAAGCUAUCAAAGAUGCAGAGCGUGUCUUCCACGAUGAUUCCGAAACAAUCGGGAGGCUAGAAACCGCCUCUGAUAUCAAGCAGCUGGUCGCUCAUGCAUUAACAAAGGAAGAUCAGCAGUGCAUAAGGGAUUUGCGCCUAAGUAAUCCUUCAGAUGACAAAAAACGUAUCGAACAGACCAAGGGCGGCCUAUUACAAGAAUCAUAUACCUGGAUUCUGGAUAAUGCAGAAUACCAACAGUGGAGGGACUCUGAGGAGAGUCGAUUGCUCUGGAUUAAAGGUGAUCCAGGUAAAGGCAAGACUAUGCUGCUUUGUGGUAUUAUCAAUGAAUUGAAUCAGCAAUCAGGACACUCUGGCCUUGUAUCGUACUUCUUUUGCCAGGCCACUGACCAACAACUCAACAACGCUUCUGCGACAUUGCGUGGCCUAAUAUUUAUGCUUGUCGACCAGCAGCCAUCACUUAUUUCUCAUGUACGAAAGAAGUACGAUCAAGCUGGCGGAAAGCUCUUUGAGGGACAAAACACUUGGAUUGUCCUCUCCGAUAUAUUUACAGAUAUUCUCCGGGACCCAAAGUUGAAACGUACAUAUUUAGUGGUCGACGCUCUCGAUGAAUGUGUGUCCGAAUUUGAGAAACUACUGGACCUUAUCGUGCACGCCUCUGGCUCUGAAGCUCAUGUGAAGUGGAUUGUGUCGAGCCGAAACUGGCCCCAGAUUGAGGAGCGCCUACGAAACGCUGAACAAAAGCUAAAGUUGAGCCUGGAGCUCAAUGCGGAGUCUAUUGCCAGUGCCGUUAAUUUUUACAUCGAUAAAAAAGUUCAUCAGCUAUCGGAAUCGAAGAAGUAUGAUAAAGAAACAUACAACAAAGUCCGAGAUUACCUCUUUGAGAACGCAAAGGAUACAUUUCUCUGGGUGGCUUUAGUCUGCCAAAAUCUCGAAAAGUACACGCGGCGUAAGGUUCUUAAACUACUCAGCACCUUUCCACCCGGUCUCGAUUCUCUAUAUAAACGCAUGAUGAAACAGGUACUCGACAUGGAUGAUAAGGACGACAUCUACCUCUGCCAGCGGAUUCUCGCCGUCAUGAUAAGUGUAUAUCGACCCAUUACCAUGCGAGAACUCGUCUGUCUCAUUGAGGUGCCGGAAGAACUUUCAGUUGAUGUCGACUAUUUAACGGAGAUUGUAGCGCUCUGUGGAUCUUUUCUGACUAUCCGUGAAGAUACCCUCUAUUUUGUCCAUCAGUCAGCUAAAGACUAUCUUUCAAAGAACAAAGAUGAUAUCUUCUCUUCUAGCUAUUGGAAUGUGCAUCACAGCAUCUUUUCUCUCUCUCUACAGGCCAUGGAUAGGACUUUAAGGAAGAACAUAUGCUCCUUGCCAUAUCUUGGACUUCUCACCGAUGAUGACGUUCGAAAUCCAAAUACAGAUCCUUUAUCUGCCGUUCGAUAUUCCUGUGUGUAUUGGAUAGAUCACCUUUGUGAGGGGUACACCAGCGGGACGAGCAAUAUUCUUGACGAUGACAAGGACGUUUAUGUAUUUCUUCAGAAGCAUUUGCUUCACUGGCUUGAGGCUUUGAGCCUCCUACAAUGUCUGGCUAUCGAGAUGGCGCCGCUUCAAACUUACUCAUCCGCACUGGCUUUCAGCCCAAUGCAGAGCUUAGUACGAAAAGCUUUCCACCAAGAAAUCCCAUCAUGGGUGCAGAGGUGGCCUGCCGUUGAAGAUAACUGGAGCCCUUGUUUACAGACCCUAGAGGGUCAUACCGAUUCGGUAAAGUCAGUGGCUCUCUCAGCAGAUCGUAAGCAGCUCGCUUCAGGAUCAAUUGAUGCAACAAUCAAAAUCUGGGAUACCUCUACAGGCACAUGUAUCCAAACACUUAAGGGCCAUACUAAAUCAGUGGGAUCAGUGGCCUUCUUAGCAAACGGUCUACAAGUUGUUUCAGGAUCGCAAGAUGGAACCAUCAAGAUCUGGAAUACAACAACAGGCAUGUGCGAAAAGUCUCUUAAAGGCCACACUAGUAAGGUUGAGUCAGUAGCUGCCUUAUCAAAUAGUCUGGUUGCCUCGGGAUCAGACGAUAAAACAAUCAAGAUCUGGGAUAUAGCUACAGGUAUGUGUGUCCAGACGCUUGAGGGGCAUGAAGAUUCCCUCUCAAACAGCCAGCAGAUUAUCUCAGGAUCCUCCGAUAACACAAUCAAGAUCUGGGAUGUAACUACCGGAGCGUGUGUCCAGACACUCGAGGGGCAUAAUAAUGAAGUGAAUUCGCUGGCCUUGUUGGCAAAUGGGCAGCUCGCCUCAGGAUCGUGGGAUAAAACAAUCAAGAUCUGGGAUCUUGGACAAAUUGCUUCAGAAACAUGGGACAAGACAAUCAAAAUAUGGGAUGUGGAUACAGGCGCGUGUAUUCAGACGCUCGAGGGCCACAGUGAUUGGAUCCGCUCAAUAGCCUCCUCGGCAGAUGGCCAGUAUCUCGCUUCGGCAUCAGAUGACAUGACAGUCAAGAUCUGGGAUGUGGCUGCAGGUGUGUGUGUCCGUACACUUGAGGGUCAUAACUUCUAUGUUCAUCAAGUCGUCUUCUCUAGGGAUGGUCAGCAGUUGGCCUCAAGAUCAGGCGGUAGAGCAAUCAAUAUCUGGGAUUUUGCUACAGGAGCGUGCACCCACACACUCAAGUGCGAUGGAAACUGGGCCAAUGAACUGGCCUUUUCAGCAGAUGGCCGGUAUCUCGCCUCAGGAUUUGUUGAUAAUACAGUCAAGGUCUGGAAUAUAGCUGCAGAAGCGUGCAUCCAGAAUCUCGAUGUUGGCAGAGUCCAUCAUCUAUCAUUCGAUCCAAACAUGAACACUCGCAUCUACAGUAGCUAUGGCAUUCUGGAUCUGGAUGUGGAUCUUGACCAAAUUGCUCUUGUUAACAACCCGGGAAAUAAGCCCCCGUUACAACGUGUCGCCAUUCGUGGGUACGGUAUAGACAGGAGCAAAGAGUGGAUUACGAAGGACGGGAGGCCGGUGCUUUGGCUACCCAAUGACUAUCGACCCAUUAUUGCCAAUGUUGUUGGGCAGCAAAUCAUUCUCGGCUGCGACUCAGGUCGUGUCGUCAUAAUGGAGUUUUCAGAGGCUGGGCCAGACUCAUAG